UACAAAAUCGAGCUCUUUGAGAAUUGGCAUCAAGCAGGAGAUCAUGCAGCAACUGCAGAGGAGCUUUCCAAGCUUGUACCGUGCGAGACCGCUCUUCUAGAACGUCUCUUGCGACAUCUAGCCUCAAACUAUAUGCUCAAAGAGCCACCCAUUGGCGUUUUCGAGCCUACCCCGUUCACCAAGUCCCUCCUCCAGCCGGUGUUUGGUAUGACGCUACACUGCCAUGCUUCUUCAAGAUGCCGGAAUAUUUGGCCAAAACCGGGUAUAGACUUCCCCUUGACUCGGCGGGUGGCGUGUUUUAGUACACCAAGAACUGGAAAGGCGACAUGUUUCAACUACUACGAAGCCCACCCUCGCGAGGGCGAAUCCUUCAACCACGUCAUGGGGGGGCGGAUUUUGGAGACCUCGCACGAGGAUACGCCUCUUGUCGUCGACAUCGGCGGCAACAUUGGACAUGACAUGGAACGCUUCCGUCAGGCGCACACUGAAAACGCCAGCCGACUCUAUCUGCAGGACCGACCCGAGGUCAUCAAGCUGUCCAAAUGUCCGGACCCGGUGAACAAAAUGAGCUACGACUUCUUCAAUCCGCAGCCGAUCAAGGGAUCUCGGGUUUACUACAUGCACGGUGUGCUCCAUGACUGGUCUGACGAACCGGCUCGCAAGAUCCUCGCUAUGCAGAGAGACACCAUGACAACGGGAUAUGGUACGCUGUUAGUCCACGAUCAUAUUGCACCCCGGGAGUUCGCGCAUCCACAUACCACUGCGUACGAUUUGACCAUGAUGGUUAUGGUGGCUGGCACGGAUUGGACUGAGAUGCAGUGGGAGGAAUUGCUGCGACCGGAAGGGUCCAAAAUGGUCAAGAUCUGGAAGUCAGCAUUGGCAGUGCAGGGCAUUAUCGAAGCAGAAUUAGUGUGA